GAGGAAGCGUCCGGAAGCCAAAGUGCUGCCUGCUGCGGCGGCGUGGAAAGGCUGGGGGCGGGGCCGGAGGAGGAAGGUGAACGCUAGGAGGAAGAGGACUAGGAUGAGGAACCCGCUAUGGAGCCGGCCGACGCGUGGGCGGCUGGCGGCUCGCCGGGUGCGCCAGGGCCUGAGGGCAUUCUCCCUGGCAGUUCCUGAUCAAGCGGUGCCAACAGGAAACAUUUCAUCCAGAGUCAUAGUACAUGUGGAUCUAGAUUGCUUUUAUGCACAAGUAGAAAUGAUCUCAAAUCCAGAAUUAAAGAACAAACCUUUAGGUGUUCAACAGAAGUCUUUGGUGAUUACUUGCAAUUAUGAAGCCAGAAAACUUGGAGUUAAGAAAUGUAUGAAAGUGAGAGAUGCGAAAGAAAAGUGUCCAAAGCUUGUAUUAGUUAAUGGAGAAGAUUUGACGCGUUACAGAGAGAUGUCUUAUAAAGUUACAGAAUUGUUGGGAGAAUUUACUCCACUUGUUGAGAGACUUGGAUUUGAUGAAAAUUUUGUGGACCUAACGCAAAUAGUUGAGAAGCGACUCCAGCAGCUGCAAAGUGAUGACCUUUCUGCUGUGACCAUGUCAGGGCACGUAUAUAAUAAUCAGUCUGUAGACUUGCAUGAUACUAUGCAUGUCAGACUACUUAUUGGAUCCCAGAUUGCAGCAGAGAUGCGGAACACCAUGUAUAAUCAGUUGGGACUCACUGGCUGUGCUGGAAUUGCUUCUAAUAAACUGCUGGCUAAAUUAGUUUCUGGUGUCUUUAAACCAAAUCAGCAAACGGUCUUAUUACCUGAAAGUUGUCAAGAUCUCAUUCUUGGUUUGAAUCAUGUAAAGGAAAUACCUGGUAUUGGCUAUAAAACUGCCAAAUGUCUUGAAGCACUAGGAAUCCAUACUGUUCAUGAACUCCAAACGUUUUCAUCCAAAAUAUUAGAGGAGGAAUUAGGAAUUUCUCUUGCUCAGCAUAUAAAGAAGCUCAGUUUUGGAGAGGAUAAUUCUUCUGUGAUACCCUCAGGACAACCUCAGUCCUUUAGUGAAGAGGAAUCAUUCAAAAAGUGUUCAUCAGAAGUCGAAGCUAAAAAGAAGAUUGAAGAACUGCUUGCUCUCCUUUUGCAUAGAGUAUGCCAAGAUGGAAGGAAGCCCCAUACAGUACGAUUAUCAAUCCGUCGGUCUUCAUCUAAGUAUUAUAAUCGUGAGAGUCGGCAGUGCCCUAUUCCAUCCCAUGUAAUUCAGAAGUUGGGGACAGGAAAUUGUGAUGUGAUGACCUCAUUGGUUAAUAUACUAAUGAAACUUUUUCGAAAUAUGGUAAAUGUGAAGAUGCCAUUUCACCUUACCCUUUUGAGUGUGUGCUUCUGCAACCUUAAAGCACUAAAUAGAGCUAAGAAAGGACCUAUGGAUUAUUAUUUAACACCAUCAUCAUCAACAACUUCACACUCUGGAAAGCAUAGUUUUAAAAUGAAAGAUACUUACGUGGAAGACUUUUCCAAAGACACAGAAGCAAACUGCAAUUUUCUAACAACUGGGAGGACUGAAAGUAGAAGAUCAGAGAUAUCUUCACUAGAUUCUACAAAUUUUUUAAAAGAAAAACACAUUAAUGAAUCCCCACACCAUUCACUUCCUGAGGAUGUUGACCAAGAAGUCUUUAAGCAACUUCCAGCAGAUAUUCAAGAAGAAAUCCUUUCUGGAAAAUCUAGAGAAAAAUUUCAAAUGAAUGAAAAUUUGAGUCGUCCACUACGUGCCUCUAGAGGACUAUUAUCUUUCUUCUGUACAAAACAAACUCAGGAUAUUCCCGUAAAUCCUAGAGAUAAUUUGUCCAGUUGCACGCAGGUGUCUUCUGUGUCUCCCUGUGAACCAGGAACAUCAGGCUUAAGUAGCAGUAGCUCUUAUCUGUCUAGCCCAAAGGGUUAUUCAUAUUAUGUAGAUAAUGGAAUGAGUCAGGUUCCUAAAGAAUCUCAAGGUUUCCUUUUUCCCACUACGAACCCUGUUUUCCAUUCACUUCCUAAUUUGCAGAGUAAGCCAUUUUUCCCCCCAAACCACACUACAGAUACCCAUAAACAAACAGUAGCAACAGCCUCUCAUCAAGAAGGACUCACAGAGAGUAGAGAGCAAGAUUAUUCUGAGGAGAAAAUUAAUUUUCCAUCUGGCAUUGAUCCUCAAGUUUUCUAUGAACUACCAGAAGAGGUACAAAAAGAACUGCUGGCUGAGUGGAAGAGUAGUGGAUGAGACUGCCACUUUAUACAUAAAUAAGCAUUUAAGAAAAAGAUCUCAAACUCCAGAAAAGUAUCAUUGGUCUCAGAUUAGCAGUUUCUUAAAUGCUUCCGAAUUAAACACUAAUAUUCAGUAAUACAGAAAUCCAAUGUAAAAUGUUCCAGAUAAAGCAAGAAUGCUUGAGAAGUAAAUUCCAGCACAAAGCACAUGACAGAAACAAUAAUGUAAAAUUACUCUUUUCCACUUAUUUUUACAGAUUUUUUUUUUCUUCUUUUUGAGA